GCUGCCAGCUCAGUCCUCCCUCCCUCCCUGCCCUUGUCUCCCUCCUUGCUCUGGAUCUCUCUGUGUAUUCUGUAGAUACCAAACCAAGUCUCACAAUGCUGCGUUUACUGAACCAAGUGGCCCAGAAAUCUGCUGUGAAGUCGCUGUUCCCAGACCUCCCUGUCUGCUGCGGUGGACUCUCUCAGUGAGGCAGCGCACUGGUUACCAUACAGCUCUGAUGGGAAAGCAGCACAGGUGAACCAAGCCAGAGGAGAAACCCACAUCACCUGGUUUGGACAUUUAGGACAACAGCAAGAAAAAAAAAAAGAGAAAGAGCGACACAUUCAAGAGCUCAGGUCUCGCAGCGUCCACCCACCUCCACCACUCCCUCUCACUCUCUCUCACAUGCACACUGACUUGCACACAUUCCCUUCGCUUUCUCGCCCCAUUUGUCUCCUCUGCUCUCCAAUGCUGGUGUGGUGAACAACAGGACACUCGGCAGGGCUGCAUGGAGGCACAGGGAGGGGCAGGGAGCCCAGAGCCCAAUAAAGAUAUCCAGAAGCUGUUGAAGCCAUCCAGCUCAAGUGACCUAUCCAAGGAGUUGCUCUCACACCCAUCAGGGGAGGACGAGGGCAGUCUGUCAGGGCACACUGCUAGCCUGCUGCACAUCAGUGAGAAAAGACAACCACUGAGCAGUGUGUCAUCUUUAGAGGUGCACUUUGACCUCCUGGAUUUGACUGAGCUGACUGACAUGUCUGACCAGGAACUGGCUGAGGUCUUUGCUGACUCUGAUGAGGAGAACCACAAUGAGUCCCCAGCAGGUUCCCACCAGCCUCCACUGCCAAGGGGAGGGUACAUGCGCUCCCCCUCGUGGACACGCUGCAGCAAAGUAGAGCUUCCACGAGAGCGAAAGCACCACAGUGACUCAGACACCGCAGAGCCCUUAAUGAAGAUGGAAAGGCCAAAGCAGCCAUAAUGUCCAUGAAACAACCAAGCUGGACACACAGCCAGGGUGGAAAUACAAAGCGGACCAAGAGGCCUCCAUCUGCCACCGUGCACUCACGUAAUGUUCCAUGGUGCUGGCGAGUUCAGGUUGAACUCUUGACACUGUGCUCGCUGCUCUAAAGUUUUUGAGAUGUGCAAUAUACAUAUUCUUCUCCUCUUCCUGUCUUCUUUCCUUCUUUCCCACAAACACAAAAAUAAACCCAUGCAAAAAUUGUGUUUUUCUUGCAAAAGCCUUGUUUGUUUUUUGUUUGUUUUUUUAAUGACAGGUUAUGGGGUCAACAGAGUAAGAGCACCUUCAUCUUCACAGUCCCACAGGGUGGGCCAGCAUACCCACUGUGUGACACCAGACCUUCCAUGAGAUGUUCAGACAGUAAGAAUCUCUCUGAAUGUCCAGAACAUGAUAUAAAGCAUAAAAUUAACAGAAUUGUUCAAAUCAAUACAUAGUGCUGAUGCUUAGUGAAACUUACUGUGUUGCUUGUAAAUGUGACAGGGUUUUCUGUUGCCUCUAGUGGGCAACCUGUGCCGAGGAUGUGUGUGUUCAGUGAGGCCCAACUGUCCAUCACUCCUUCUCCAUAUCAAUGAGGAAUGUGUUGUGUAAUUUAAAUGCCUCAAUAAGAAUAUUGCACUUCUUUUACUGAAUUGUAUUUCCAGCGCCCGCCAGAAUUAUUGGCAUUUGGUGCAGAUGACUGAAAUGAUAAACAAACCAAGUAGCAGCUAUAUGCAAUAAUUUGUCCCAAACUCAAAUCCAUCCAUCCAUUUUCUACCACUUAUCUGGAGUCGAGCUGCGGGGGCAGCUGCCUAAGCAGGGAAGCCCAGACCUCUUUCUUGAAAUUAUGUUUUUGACCAACACUUUAUUUUCCAUUUCUCUUAUCAUCAAAAUGAUCGUUGCCACAGUUUCUGUUGCAAAAACAAGAAACAUGAUCCAAAUUAUAGAAGUUAGAUUCCAUCCAGACAUGUUAAAGUGUUUGAAGCAGAUACACAUGAUGGUAAAAACAGACCAUGGUUAGAUGGAUUUGCAUGGAUGCCAAAAACCCAGCAAAGUGCCAAAAAAAAAGGUUUUGAUCCUAAAAUUUUACUGAUGCAAGAUUUCUCAUCCUUGUCAGGAAAGUAACAGCUGUGUACUUGAUUUAUUUGUCACCAUAUAAGCAUGUCUAUACUAGGAGUGCUAAUGUCUCUGAAUGAUGUGACAUAAUGGAUUAAAAGUGAUACUGGGAUGGUUAAAAAUUAAAAGGCGUAAAAGAAAAACUGGCUCAUUGUAUGGCUUGCCAUUUCACUUCCAUUGUGUAUC